AUAAGCAAACGUCAAAUUUAAAAACGUCAACAACGAAAUUAGGUUAUGGUUACCUAAUGCCCCAGUUUAGUACUAUUAAUAUUAGAAAGCACACAAAAUAGCCAGCAUGGAAUUAGCUCGACAAACGAGUAUACCGACUAUUAUACCGAUAGGUAAUAAUUUUACGCCAGGCAAAGGGAUAAAGAUACGAUGCGCCGUACCGCAGGGAUCGUCAAGAUUUACGGUCACUUUGUACUGCGGCUCGGACGUGCGGGUACAAACGGACGCCGCCUUACACGUCGUCUUCAAUUUGUCGAAUAAUAACACGACGUUUAAUUGGAAGGAGAGAGACAGCUGGGGGAAGGAGUGCACCGUGCCCGGUAUUCCCUUCGAUUACGGCGAGAACUUUGAGAUUUUAAUUUUGUGCGAUCAGUUUCACUAUAAGAUUUUUAUCAACGGCCGUCCCUACAGCGAUUUUCCGCAGACCGUUAAUUACUCUCUGGUUACAUUUUUAGCGAUAGAAGGAGGUGUUGGUGUGGAACAAAUUUUGUUCGAAAAUUUCCAAGUGUUCAUACCGUCAUAUUCACUACCCGGAAAUGUGACUUGUGCGUCGAAUGAUCCCACCAUUCCGUUAAAUUUUAGCAGGUGUGACUGGGAAAAUGCACAACGGUCCAAGAAGAAGCUCUAUGGUAUAUACAUAUUCAUAGCGUUUGCCGCCUUACUGAUAGUUUUGUGUGGUAUAUUUUUCCCUCGCAUGUUGGGGAAACACGAGUACGAUUAUGAUUAAGAUCUAAUUUUACUUUUUUAACUGUUGGCUUUUAUUAUUGUAAUUAUGAUGUAAUAUUUUUACCGAUGUACUUACAUUUUAUUGUAUAGAAUGAUGUUGUUAAUAACCACUUUUUUUAUUAUAACAGUUGAAUGAA